UAGAACUUAAUAUUUAGUAAGUAGUAAUUGACACUUGACGACAAACGACAGAGCAAAUAAUAUUUAAUACCUAAUACCUAUGUAUUUUGUAAUAUACCUAUACUUCAUAGUCUAUUCAGAGUUACGACUUUACGAGUGCUUACAACUAUCGAUAAAUAUCGAAAUGUUAUGAACUGCGGUGCAUUCCAGGAAUUUUAUUGAAAAACUAUGGUCGAGUGCCAGACUUCCGGGUAAUCCUAAUAAUAAUCACAGGGGGUCGCGAGUACAUAUAUAAGGAUACGUUGUCCCGGUGAUCGAAAACGGCGACAACCGAGAUAAUUAUAAAGCCAUUAAAACCUGUAUCAACGCAUGUCUAAAAAAAUAACUUGGAAUCAAUUAGUAUGAAAAAAUAGUUGGAUAUAUCAAUAUUACAUAAUAUAUGCAUCAAUAUUAUAUCGAUAUAUCGGUAUAUAAAUAUCCAUGCGAUAUUUUCGAUAAUAUCAGACUGUAAUAUCGAUGAAACGAUAAUAUCGAUGUUGGUUGCACAUCCCUAACUUUGUCAUGAUCAUAAUAAAACGAGUGAUGUGAUGGUAUGUAUGUUGGUGUAUGUUGAUAGUUGAGUCGGUGUUUGUUUUUAAGCAUUUUUAUCGUAAACUGUUAAACUUAGUAACUAGUGGUUACUACAGCAGUUAACCUAACCUAACGUCGGAGUAUAGAUUAAACCUAUCUAAUGCAACUAAAUUCGAAUUCAAUUUCUGAUUGAAUUAUGGCUGCUAGUAAUUUUGACGAAAAAAGUGGUAUUGUACCUUGUAAUACAGAGUGGGGUAGGUGGUGGCAAACCUUAGAAGAAUUGCAUAUCGAAGUGAAAUUUACUGUAAGCACCCGUUCAAAGGAUGUCAAAGUCAAUGUUACCAAUUCAAGUAUUACUUGUCAAAUUUUAGGGAAAACUUUAUUUUCUGGAAAUUUAUUUAGAAAAGUACAUGCAGACGAAACUGUUUGGACAUUAGAAGAUAAUGGUACUCUCUUAAACAUUGUAUUGGCUAAAGCAGACUUCAUCAAAAAAGAAAUUGUUUGGGAAGCUUUAAUGGAAGAUGGGUCAUACAGAGCAGAUCCUGUAACCUAUCAUGAAAUGAGAAAAAAAAUGGAUCUUGAAAGGUUCCAAAUUGAGUAUCCUGGAAUGGACUUCAGCAAAGCACAGCUUCAGAAAAAUUAUGACACUGUACCCGGCCUCAAUACUCAAUAAUUUUUGGUUAAUUACAUUAUUAUGUACUAUUAAUCUUAUACUUAUGUAUGUAGACUAUAUUUUUAGUAAGCUAAGGUUUAAAUAUUACUUUAAAUUGUAUUUUUCAUUUGUUAGGAUCAAUGUAAAAUUACUGUUCCUCCUUUAUCAAUUUGUUUUAUUAUAUACCUUGUUCCUUCGAUGUA